GGCCGGGGUGGGGCUGAUCAGGAAGAUCUCCACUGCUGAGAAGCGGCCACUCUUGCUUGUGAGGAGAGCCCUGUGAGGUCGCUGCUCAUCUGCCAGCUCUCACCCUGUUGGCCCGGACACAUACACAGAGACCAUGGGUACCCUCAUUGGACACCUGUUGCCAGGGAUAUGCUUCCUCCUCAUCGCACUCUACUACUCCGUGCUGGUGUCCUUGGCCCUGCUACGGGGACAGAGGUUCCUCCAGCUCCCUCUGCCGCCGAAGGAGAAGCGAGGACACAGGUGGAAGCAGGUGCCUGUGCUAGGAGUGGGGAAGGUCGUCAUCAGCCUGACGGGCAUCUUGGCCGAGUUCUUCUACCCUCCAGGAGCCAAUCGGGUGAAGAUGGUAAACUGGGAGGACCCUCGGCGGCCGUUCGUGUUCUCGAACAACUGGCAUCAUAUCACCAUGUACGGAUUCUUCAUGCUCAGCGGUGUGGUGGACAUUGUGAGCCAGGCAUGCUGGGCACGGCAGAGUAUAAAGCUGGAGCGAGCGGCCGAGGCCCUGGCCUUCUGCGUGCUGGCACUGCUGAUGAUGGCACACAUUGAGAACAAGAGCAUCCUGGAGAUCCGUGUGCACAUCCUGUUCAUUGUGCCCACCUUCCUGGUCAGCCUGGUGCUCGCCAUUGAGGUCUGGGUCCCGGACCAGCCCCAACUCUGGGUGCUCAAGACCUGGUUGGGGCUGGUGUUGAGCACCUGGAUGCUGCAGCUCUGCCUGGUGAUGUACAUCCCUCCCUCCGGGCAGCCGUGGCGAUCAGAAAACCAUGAGGACCUCGCUUUCCUCGCCAUCUUCUUCUGCUGGCACCUGGGCUUAGGGGCCGCCAUACUGGCCACAGUCUAUGGCAUCUGCAGCCUCUGGCAUCAUCACUGCUCCUCCUGGACAGAGGCCUCAGGUGCCAAAUACCAGCCAUGCCCCACAGGCUACAGCAGUGAUGAGCUGGAGAAACUCAGGGCAGGGGCCGAGCAGCAAGAUGUCGGUGUCUAGGAUUAGAACCUUUGUGCGGGCCUUUUGUAAUGAAAAUGUUGGAGAUGCCCACUGUGUGCAUAGCAUGGAAAUGCCCUGGGGGUCUACAAUGUGGCUUUCCAUCACAGGAAUCAUUUCCUUGUUCCUAAAUAAACCUUCCAGCUCCUAGGAGUGCUUCACUGUCCUCUCCAGGUCUGCCUCUUCCCUGUCUCACUAUUCAGGAUGGUUCCUGGCCAUGGACUUAACAUGAAGUGAGAACAAGGAGCAGUACUUUUCUCUGACAGCUUUUGGGAUCCAAGAGGAGAAAAAUGAAAUGAAGAAAUAGAGGGAGGUGGGGUGUUGCUGGGGGCUCAGAGAGCGUUCUCUCCAGAUAGCUGAGGCAAGGCUGACUGGCUGUGUGUGUGUGUGUGUGUGUGUGUACAUGAAGGGCUGUAAUGUGUGAAAGAGAGGGGUUCUGUUUCCUUCAUUUUUCUCUGUUUUUUAUUCACACUAUGUGUAGCAGGAUGAAGAACUUGUGUUGUUGUUGUUUUGUUUAAUCUCAACUAAAUGGGGCUACUUCUACCUUCUAAGGGACUAAAGGGAUGAGGGGGAAGUGGGAGCAACCAAUUUAGCAGAGACUCAUGUCUGGGGAGAAAGGAGGCAAGGGAGAAAUUCCCAAAAGUGGUUGUGAGAAAUGAGAAUUAUAUUUACAUAAUUUUAACUUGUUUGAUUUUUGCUGUAAUAUAAAAAAAACUCCAUUGUUUCAACUUCUCCAGUAAAGUCUAUGAUACAUACGUGUCUUGCGUGAGUGAUUCUAUGGUAAGAUCAAAGGAAACGCCCAGAUUUCAGUUGGUGGGAACAGAAGGAGAGGAAUUGCCAUGAAAUGUGGGUGCCGGUGGUCCUGAAGAUGCCGGCGCUCCGAGCCGAGAGAGACCCUGAGAAUGUCAGCCCUCUGGAAUUUGCAGAAAUUUUCAUGCAGUCAUUGAGCUUCUCGCAGAAUGAGGACGGGGGUGGCAGUAAAUCGCGUACUCAGUGAAACACAGGAAAGCAAACUGUAUGAAAAUGCUUAUCUCUGGGUACAGUCAGAAAGCCAGUGCUUCACAUAGCAUGAGUGUGCUUCUGUUCGAUGGAUCAACCAGCACUUGGAAGUCUGAAGAGGCAGGAGGAAGGGAGGAGAUGCUGUCCGUAGCUGCGGAGAAAAGACCUAGAGAAAAGUGCCCACUCGGGAAGCAGCUGCGUCCACCCCGUCCCCUGCAGUCCGAAAUGCUGUCCUCAGAGCCUGAGCAGCUUCCGGAAAUACAGAGAGGCUUUUGCAUUGCAGGGCUGCAUGUUGUCAUCUACAGUAUCACUGGACACUCCCUAAAGAAACAGCCUGGGAACUCUGGGACAAGGGGUUGGGGCAGAGAAAGGGAGCAAGGGAAGGGAUGGAAAUGGGGCAAACAUCUGGCAACUCCCAGUGGCAGGGCUUAGAGGAGAGGGACACUCUGGAUCUAGAGGAAGAUAAGUGUAUCUUCCUCCAGCAGUUGGAACCUAGCCAGCCUCAGCUUCCCUCCCCAGCAAAGCAGGAGCCAGGCCAAGGAGAGGCCAGCACACUUCUUUCUGUCCCUGCCCUUAAAAGCCCAGAAGCAAAACCAGAUUUACCCUGAAGCUAAUAAAACUUGGGCUUCAGAGCCCCUCACUUCACAUCUUCUGUCCAAAGCCUUGGGAGGAGCCAUCACAAGGCAGACAUAUGAUCACAUAGUACUGAAAAUUGCAAAAGUGAGACAUUUCUGUAUUCCUUUUUCUAAUUAGGGACCUCAAAUUGUGUAAACUUAAGAUUCCAUAAAACCUGCCAUGCCCCACCCUGAAGGAUUAAGACAGAUUUACUUUCAGGACGCCCCGCUAGUGCGGGUCAAUGGUUGAGCAUUGACCUAUGAACCAGGAAGUCGCAGUUCGAUUCUGGUCAGGGCACAAGCCCAGAUUGCAGGCUCGAUCCCCAGUUGGGGG